AUGGCGAAGCCAUUUAUGAACCCUCGUGGACUUAGCUGGUUUGUCACAGGACUGUUUUUGGUUGGUGAUUUGGCCGGUGAAUUUUAUCCUGGUUUGGGCAUUUCCGUAAUAAUGAUUGCCGCUGUUACAUACACUGCUUAUGUGCUUGGUCUCAGCUGGAAUAUCCUUUUGAAUACUUGGCCAGAAUAUCGGGAACAUUGCCGGAAGCCAUAUCCUGAAAUAGCUAAAAGAGCUAUGGGCGACGUUGUCAGGAAAAUCGUUUCCAUAUGCAUUGAUAUUACGCAGUUUGGUAUUGCGGUUGUCUAUUUAUUGUUAUCGGCAAAGAAUAUACAUGAUAUGAUCAAGGUAGAAUCGAAAGUCGAUCAUCGUACCCAAUGA